AUGGGCAGCAACCCGCCCAUCAGGGCGAUCCCACCCCAGGUUGCCGAGCCCAACAGACACAUCGCCCACUUUCUGUCGGCCACCCGUCCGUACGCGCUCGAGCAUGCCCGUAAAGGCAUGAGCUACUUUGUGCGCUCUCGCACCGGCGGCGACCACCUGCGCGAGGAAGACUGGAACCUCGACUACGAUCCGGCCAGGGCACCAUCAGUCCUCCCAUCAGCGGCCGCAUUGUUAGCCCGGGCUGAUACCGAACUACGCCGCCUGGCCGACACGGAGCUACGUGACCGGGCACGAAAGGUGUUUGCUGCCAAGCUGGCCCUCGACGCGGCUGCCGCAAACGCUGUUCGCCCGCACGCAAAGCGUCUUGCAGACGCCCGUUGCGCGCCCUAUCCAAGCCGGCGGAAGGAUGGUGCCGGUAGCACCGCUCACCACAUGCUCGACCAGCAGCACCACCACCACCAUCACAACGGCGGCGGCGGCGCAGCCAGGUUGCACGAGGCCAGGGAAGGUGGAGCUUCCGACGCCCUCGGAAUCGCGAAUGGAGUGGCCGCUGGCGGCGCAUCCGCCAUGGGCUUGCGUUCAAGUUUGCUGCAUGUGACGACGACGCCUGCAUUCCCCUCCGCCACACGUCCCACUUCGGCUCCCAAGAAGCUCGUCCUCGACAAUAGCCCUCUCGCCGAGCUCGCCCUCGCUGAGCGUUUCAAGUCGAACGCUGUACAAGGGGCAGCAGGACGGCUCACCGUCCAGAUGCCACGAGGUGGCAUCUUUGCGCGCGGAGUGGCAUCCCAGCCUGUAAAGGUGGCGGCGGCGCUCGCCCAAGUCAAAGCUCAAGCCCAGCAUGCAAGCCCAACCGCACCUGGCGCCGCAUCGUUUGACGAACUGCGUUUCCUCGGUCUGUCGCUCAACGGCCCGCCUAUCAUGGACGGCCCGACCUACAUUGCCCCCGCGGCGACACCGUCCAGCAACGUUACACCAGCCGCGCAACGCCCUGCGCCGCAACCAUCUCAACCCGCGCCUGUUAUCAGGUUUGAUCUGGCGACUCUGUUAACCGCUGGGCGCGGCGACCAGCCCCAGCCUGCCCAGCCGUUCAUUCCCGGGCACUCGGUUCCAACCAACUGGCACUGGGCCCUUCAGGACGCCACCGCGCCAACGCCUCAGCCGCCACUCAACCAGUGGCCGACUGUGGGAAUGCCCACGACUGUCGACGCGGCUACUACGACUGCCAUGUUGGCAGCAAAAAUGGCCAGUGCAGCUGCAAACCGGGCCGCCAAUACCAAUGCCAAUGUCACUGCCACUGCCACUCGGACAGGAAACUGGGCCAACAUUGCGAUCAACGAGUCCCCGCUUGCAUCGCCACGUACUGGCGCCGAUGAGGCCGCCGGGACGCGGACAUUGCAUCAACCCCCCCACGACUUUAUCGCCGCGCUCAGUGACUGGGUGGACAGCAAUUUCACGGGCAACCCGCCGCAGAACCCCAACUGCGGCCACCACCUUGAUGACAGGGUCGGAUCGGCCGAUCCGCCGCAUCGAUAUGAUUUGACCUCUACCCUCGACAGGGUCAACUGGUCGCGUCCCCUCUCCGCUCCGCCCGAGCAACAACCCCAAGACGCACCCGAUGUCGACAUGGUCGGCGAGUCGUCGCCUUCUGGUGGAGCGCCGGUCAUCAUGCCUCUUGAGCCAGAGUAUGACCCUCCCUCGUUCGCGCACACCGCAGUGGACGACACGCUCUUCCCCGAACGCUCCAGUCUCCAGCCCACUUCGCCCGCAUACUUGGCGCCCAGCCCCGCUAGUCACGAGUGGGCCGUGCCUACUGCCGGCCCCACUCCAUGGCCUUCCAACGACGACUCGUGGCUCUACAACUAUGGUCUCGGCGUCGACUUGGACCCCACCGUCGGCGUCAAUGCCAAGCCCACCUACCCAGCGCCGUACAGCUAUGGGUAUCAGCCAAAGGCGGACCCCGCCACGCACAUGAUCACCAACCCCAGCCCCAACCCCCAGCAUUCGCAUUCGCAUUCAUUCUUCGACAUGCCCAUCGACACCAUCGACACCAUCGACGACCCCAACGAUGCCUUGCGCAUGUAUUAA